AUGAUUAGAAAACAAGCAAGAGAAAGAAGAGAAUAUCUAUAUAGAAAAGCAUUACAACUACAGGAAUCAUCAUUAACUGAAAAAAGACAAAAAUUAAAAGCUGCACUAGCUUCAGGUAAACCAUUAUCAAAAGAGUUAGCAGAAGAUUUUAAAUUGCAAAAAGAUUUCAUAUAUGACGAAAGUAUUCAACCAGAUUUGGGGAUAGAUGAUGAAUAUAGUGCAAUGUCAGGUAUAUCUGAUCCCAAAAUCAUAUUAACUACAAGUAGAGAUCCAAGUGCAAAAUUAUUACAAUUCUCAAAAGAAAUUAAAUUAAUGUUUCCAAAUUCAUUAAAAUUAAACAGAGGUAAUUAUAUAAUAAAUGACUUAGUUAAAACUUGUUCAAGAGUUCAAAUCAGUGAUUUAAUUUUACUACAUGAACAUAGAGGUGUACCUACUUCAAUAACAAUUUCACAUUUUCCCCAUGGACCAACUGCUAUUUUCACGUUACAUAAUGUUAAAUUAAGACAUGAUUUACCAAAUUUAGGUAAUAUAUCAGAAAGUUAUCCACAUUUAAUAUUUGAAAAUUUUAAAUCAAAUUUAGGUAAGCGUGUUGAAAAGAUUUUAAAACAUUUAUUUCCUCCUGGUGUUAAAAAGGAAAGUUCAAGAGUUAUUACUUUUAUAAAUAAUGAUGAUUUUAUAAGUGUAAGACAUCAUGUAUAUAUAAAAACAAAAGAUGGUGUUGAAUUGAGUGAAAUUGGUCCAAGAUUUGAAAUGAAAUUAUAUGAAAUAAGAUUAGGUUUACCUGAUAAUAAAGAUGCUGAUAUCGAAUGGCAAACUAGAAGAUUUAUAAGAACAGCAAAUAGGAAAAACUAUUUAUAG